CCAUGAGGCCACAGUGCCCACCCCGUCUCUCUCCAUGCCUCACUCCUGUGGCAAUCCGUGCCCUCGACAGCGCAACUGGGAGCCCAGGAGCUGAGGAAGGUCUCUGCGGGAGGCCACAGAUGUGUGAGAUCCGAGUGCAGCAGCCGAGGGCGGCGGGGGCAUGGCCAGGCCUGACAGGGAACCUGCCCCUCUGUCUCCCUCCCCAACCAGCGCCUGCUGCCCAGGAGGCCCCAGAAGCGUGGGACGCGUGGAGAUGGCCGCUGGUGUGAUCCGGCCCCUGUGCGACUUCCAGCUGCCCCUGCUGCGCCACCACCCCUUCCUGCCCUCAGAUCCGGGGCCCCCAGAGACUUCGGAGGAGGAAGAGGAGGAGGAGGGGGGAGGGGGAGGGGGAGGAGGGGGAGGGGGAGGAGGGGAGGAGGGGGAGGGCGAGGGGCUGGGGAGCUGCGGCCGGAUCCUCCCAAGCUCAGGCCGGGCAGAGGCGACGGAGGAAGCAGCCACCCAGGGUCCCAGCAGCCCCGAGACACCGCUGCAGCUGCUACGCUUCUCAGAGCUCAUCAGCGACGACAUCCAGCGGUACUUUGGCCGCAAGGACAAGGGGCAGGACCCAGAUGCCUGCGACGUCUACGCCGACAGCCGCCCAGCCAGCAGCACUGCCCGGGAGCUCUACUACGCAGACCUGGUGCGCCUGGCCCGCGGCGGGUCCCUGGAGGAUGAGGACACCCCGGAGCCCAGGGUCCCCCGAGGGCAGGUGCGCAGGCCGGGCCUCAGCGGGGACAGGGCGCAGCCCCUGGGACCCCUGGCCGAGCUCUUUGACUACGGGCUGCAGCGGUACUGGGGGUCCAGGGCGGCGGCCGGCUGGAGCCUGAGGCUGGAGCGGAAGUACGGCCACAUCACCCCCAUGGCCCAGAGGAAGUUGCCCCCGUCCUUCUGGAAGGAGCCGACCCCUAGCCCCCUGGGCCUGCUGCACCCUGGCACGCCGGACUUCAGCGACCUGCUGGCCAGCUGGUCAGCCGAGGCCUGUCCUGAGCUGCCCAGCAGGGGAUCCCCAACCCUGGAAGGGGCACAGCCAGCCGAGGCCUAGCAAGGGGCCGGGGUCAGAGUUAGCUGGCGGCAGCGGGGCCCCAAGGCACUGGACUCUGCUCCCGUCCUCCUGGGAAGAGCCUCUUCCGUCCCUCACGGCCACCACAGGGCAAACCCAGAGGUCACCAGGGCUGGGCUGCAGUGGGAGCAGCAAGGGUGGUGCCCAGACCUGGCCAUGCCCUGGCCUUCAGCCCCAGCAGAGCCCCUGGAGGGGCACAGGGACCCCCAGAGCCCUGCCCGCAGAAAAGGGAGGCUUGAGCUCAAUGGGCCCCACCCACCAGGGUCCCCAGGGGAGGCUGAGGGGCCAGCCCCAGAGAUUCCAGGUCAGCAGCAAGGGGCAGUGGAGGACAGGGCCCCCGAGCCAGCCCUCCCACCCCGCAGAGGCCCCAGGACUGAGCGACCCCAAACCUGCAGCCCCUCCCCUGAGCCCCCGGCAGCAGGCGGCAGGGCCGGCGACCGCAGGAUGAGUGAGGGCUUUCUUGGAGAGGCAGGAAGAGGGGCCCACUGCCCAACCGAGACAGCAAACAAGGGCUGCCUCCUCCCCAGAUGCUGGAAAGCUCUUCCACUGCAGGGCUGCUGGGCUGGAGGGGCUCUGAGGCAGAGCCAGGGAGCCCGAGUCCAGGGGGCUUCCCCGGGUCCUCCUCACAACCCGAGCAGGGGCGGCUCACAGCAGGUCCUGGCGGGGGCAGGCCUAGGUGCUUCUGUGCAGGCCCCAGCCCAGCCCCUUCCACCCCGGGGGGCUCUGGCAGGGAAGGAGAGGGGCUGCUGAAGUGCCAUGGAAAGCAACAGCCUGAAGCCAGGCUGGGCUUGGGCAGGACAGGAAGUCGUGGGGGUCAAGGGACUGGGUCCCUCCAGGCUUGGGCACCCCCCGCUGCCCGGGACCUCGCUACCCCUCUCAGCCCCACAGGCCCCGGGGAGGCUGUCUCCCCGCAUGCAUCAGGGAACCUCGGCUCUAAUGA